AUGAUUUCGUGCAUGAAGUCCACUUCCCUGCAAAGUGCUGGUUUAGCAAACUCAACGUGGCGCCCGAGGAUCGCCGCCCUCCUCCUCCCCGCCGCCGGCCCCGGGCCCACUCCCCACGCAAAGGCCCCACACAGCAUCGCCAGCAGCGACUGCACCAGCCCGGGCCCGCCCGUCAGAAAUAUCACCGAGGCCCCCAGAGACGCCGCUAGCUUGACUUUGAGCGGCCGAAAAUUUUUUUCGAGCGGGUCCCACGACGACGUCGGCCACGGUUUGCAUGAGAAGAGAGAUGACCUCGUCGCGGAGGAACAUGAUGUCGCGGAUGGAGCGGAAGAAGCGGAGGUAGACGAUGCCGGGGGCGGCGGGGGAGAGGCCGCCGUGGCCGAGGAGGGGGCCGGAAGGGGGCGCGGGGCCGGCGGUGGCAGCGCGGAAGCAGGCGCGGAGGAGGCGGACAACGGCGGGGGGGCUGUGGAGGAAGACGGUGCGGGAGGAGGAGAAGAUGAGGAAGUCGCUCCAGCGGCGGGCCUUCUGGGUCCAGAGGGAGGCCACGACAGGCAUGCACGGCCACGGGCAACCCGCGGCCAGGGACUCGAGGGCGGGACCCGCCAGGUCGAGGAAGCGUUGGGAGGCGCGGUCGAGUUUGUAGCCGGGCUCGGCCAGUCUGUUCCGUUCAUAAACACCGACUUCCACACUCCGCGAGUCACUUCUGCUGAGAACUCACGAGGCGAUAAUCUUCCAUGCGCGCAAGCGGUGAGAGCAGCAUCGGCUACAAAAGGCACCGCCUCAAGAAUAUCCCAAGCCGGCAACUUUGGCCUCAAACACCCAUCAUCGCCCGACGAGCUGCUGCUCCCACCAGACCCCGCCGAAUGUUUAUUAUUCAUUCUCCUAAACAUCAUAUUAAGCAGAGCAUCCACCGUGUGGUGGACUGUGGUCCCAUUCACGAGGCCCGUCAGGGGUGACGCCAGGCAGGCCAGGUGCUGCCUGUACCACACCUUAAGCUUGGGGAACGAGUCCACAAAUAUGGGCCCGCGGGCCGAAGAGGCCACCACCUGGGCCAGGCGCCGGCGGUUGGGGUCCCUCAGCAGGGAGUGGUCGGGAGAGAGAAGGAGGGAGUUGCGGACGAGAAGGAGGUACUCGGGAGUCAGCUGGGAGCCAACGGGGGGCACGUCGCCUACCCCGUACUCGAGGGGCGGGUGA